CCCUGAUCCCGCGCUUACAGGGCCGAGGGGCUACCAAUCUUGGCCUCCACAAUGCCCUAUUGCUGACCGGCUGGCAUCGCUCCAAACCCCAAGUGCAGAUUCUGUUGGUCACGCUGAAAGACACCGUCCUCCUCAUUCUUCGCACCCUCCCGGCGACCAUGAUCACAAGGCCCUGUUCUCGUGCCUCUGCCUCGUCGAAUUGAUUGAGAUGCCCGUUCUCUCUGGCUUUCAGCGUCUCGUUUAUCUUUAUCCCUUUCCCGUCCGGUUGACCAGGUCUCCAUAGGCGAUCAUGCUUUUCACACUUACGAUCCCAAAAUGCGCGUCAUAGUCUUGCUACACCUGCUCCUCCAAACCACCUGGCUUGCGAACGGCGGGGCCAUCGAAAGAGUCGGGCAUGGAGGAUAUGUUAGAUACUCUGCCGGUCUCUCCAGCCAGAACGAGCUGACACCGGAGACAAGAGGAGGGGAUGAGACGACAUUAUGGAAACACAACGUGCCAGGAGUUCUUCAUGACAUGUUGAAUGCCCUGGAUGUUAUGCAAGACUCCUACUUCGACAUUUUCACAGGGACAUGGCCAGAUGCGAUUGACUGGACCUCUGCUGUUAUGGGGACACAUGUGUCGGCCACCCUCGCCAGCAUUGUCACCUCGCUGGAUGCGUCUUCCAUGGCCACCUGCUCUGACAUGCUCUCCUGGCAGAAUAUCGUGGAUCGGUAUUACGCGCACACGACUGUCUUCUACUUUGGCGAGAAUGCAUUCGCUUUACGAAAUCAAGCUUAUGAUGAUAUGCUUUGGGUUGUUCUUGGCUGGCUCGAGAACCUGAAAUUUGCAGAAAUGUAUACUUUGAAGCACUGGGACUUCCUCCAGUCUGGACGACGCGGCGAUUCGGGGACCGGGUGGCAUGGCCUUCAAAUCAGCCCGAUGGCCGCUCACCGCGCUCGGAUUUUCUACGACUUGGCGUCUGUGGGAUGGGGUGAAUCCCUUUGUGGAGGCGGGAUGAAUUGGAAUCCAUAUCUAACUCCCUACAAGAACGCCAUCACGAAUGAACUGUUUGCUGCGGCUAGCAUUGCCAUGUACCUCUACCACCCGGGUGACAACAACACUUCGCCAUAUCUGGUAUCAGGCGGGGAUGGCCUCUCCAAACCUCACGAUCCCUUGUAUUUGGAAAACGCCAUUAAGAGUUACAAAUGGCUGAUGGAUAGCCAAAUGCGCAAUCCCAGGUCUGGUCUGUAUCAAGACGGGUUCCACGUCACUGGCUGGCGCCGAUAUCCCAACGGGACCGUCGAUCCAGGCACUGGACACUGCGACGACCUCAACCCUAUGGUGUAUACCUACAACCAAGGUGUGGUCUUAUCCGCGAGCCGCGGUUUGUGGUUAGCCACUGGAGCCAGAAGCUACUUGGACGAUGGUCAUGCUCUAGUCGAGAGUGUAGUGCGGGCGACUGGAUGGCCAAACUCACAUCCAGCCUGGAGCGGAUUGGGCCGUGCAGGGAUUCUCGAGGAAUUCUGCGACCACAGCGGGUAUUGCAGUCAAGACGGCCAGACGUUCAAAGGCAUCUUUUUCCACCACCUGAUCGAAUUUUGUCGGCCGCUGUGGCCACAAGAAGAGGCGUUCAUAGCAACAGAUAAAAGCGCGGGUUUCGACAGAGCAGUCUAUCGAUACCACCUCAACCGCUGCGCCGCUUAUGACAAGUGGAUUUCCCACAAUGCCAACGCCGCCUCCGCGACGCGAGAUGCCGACGGGCACUUUGGCAUGUGGUGGACUUUCGAGGAACCCGAUGAAGACACGAUGGCGGAGAUCCAGGAGAGUACAGUUCUUCCGCCCGGGGCAGAUGACUACCUCAACCCUGGUCGAGAGAACCGGCGGCCAGCUCAGUUCAUGAACACGACGGACAGAAACGAUCGCGGAAGGGGACGAACAGUCGAGACGCAGAGUGGAGGAUUGGCGGUCCUUCGAGCGCAAUGGAAUUGGCAAGUUCAUCUACAGCAAAUUUCAACGUGAGAAACAUGAAGGCGUACCAGGUUUUUUUUUUUAUGGGUUCACAUAGUUCGAGACUGAUGAUACAUCCCAAUAACGACGUAUUUGACCUCGAAA